CUAGAGGUGAAUGAGUUUGACAGCGUACCAGCUGGACUCUUCGAUCACUUGCAGGGCAUGAGCUACCUCACCUUGUUCGACACCUACCUCUCCCAGCUGCCUCCAGGAAUCUUCGACAAGCUGCUGAGUCUCCAGGGAAUCGACUUGCACGGCAACCGUCUCACCUCCCUCCCUGAGGGAAUCUUUGAGAAACUUUGCAGCUUGAACUGGCUGAGUCUACACAGCAAUCAGUUGUCAAGUCUACCUGAGAGAAUGCUGUGCCGCCUUGAGAACUUGCAGUUCUUGUAUCUCUUCGACAACAAGAUCUCGACCAUCCCCAUUAACACUUUCAGCGCUCUCACUGGUCUACAGGAGCUUUGGUUGUCCUACAACGAGCUGGAAGAGCUCCCGCUAGGCUUGUUUGACUCGCUCGCAAAUCUGCAGGGCUUGUACUUGCAUAUCAAUCAGAUCGGAGAGGUUCAGGCUGGUUUGUUCCAGCAGCUCUCUAGCCUGACGCAUCUCACG